CACAGCUGUCCUGCCACCCAGGCCUGCUGGAUGUGGAGUUACUGUUGCAUGAGCAUUGUUCUCUGUCCUGGGAAGCCAGUCUGCUGAGAACAUUUUUUCUGAGUGACUCCAGCUUCCAGACACAUUUGCCAUGAUAAGGGUUUCGAUCCUUUCCUGUGUUUGCCCUGAGUCAUGAGUGGAUAUGUGUGAUGCCUGCAAGUAAAACUGGGUAAGAAGAGUGACCUUUUUGGGUGGUUGUAACUGAAGAUUGCUUUACAGGAGCAACUGAAGAAGGUUUUUGAGUCAUGAUGCAAGAAUCUGGGACUGAGACAAAAAGUAACGGUUCAGCCAUUCAGAAUGGAGCGAGCGGUGGCAACCAUUUACUAGAGUGCAGCCUGCGGGAAGUGAGAUCAAACGGCGAGACACCUUCAGUUGAAAUUGGGGCUGCAGAUUUAGCACAUCUUCAGCAACAGCAGGCUCUCCAGGUGGCACGGCAGCUUCUACUGCAACAGCAGCAGCAGCAGCAACAGCAGCAGCAGCAGCAGCAGCAAGUUAGUGGAUUAAAGUCUCCGAAGAGGAAUGACAAACAGCCAGCCCUUCAGGUUCCAGUGUCAGUGGCUAUGAUGACACCUCAAGUGAUCACUCCCCAGCAAAUGCAGCAGAUCCUCCAGCAACAAGUGCUAACUCCCCAGCAACUCCAAGUCCUGCUCCAACAGCAGCAGGCACUCAUGCUUCAACAGCAGCAGCUUCAAGAGUUUUAUAAGAAACAACAGGAACAGUUGCAGCUUCAACUUUUACAGCAACAACAUGCUGGAAAACAGCCUAAAGAGCCCCAGCAGCAGCAGGUGGCUACGCAGCAGUUGGCCUUUCAGCAGCAACUCUUACAGAUGCAGCAGUUGCAACAGCAGCACCUCCUGUCUUUGCAGCGUCAGGGGCUGCUAACAAUCCAGCCUGGCCAACCUACUCUGCCUUUGCAACCCCUUGCACAAGGCAUGAUUCCAACAGAACUGCAGCAGCUCUGGAAGGAAGUGACAAGCUCACACACAGCCGAGGAGGCAGCCAGCAACAACCACAGCAGCCUGGACCUGUCCACCACCUGCGUCUCCUCCUCCGCGCCGUCUAAGACCUCUUUAAUCAUCAACCCUCAUGCCUCAACUAAUGGACAGCUAUCGGUCCACACUCCUAAACGGGAGAGUUUAUCCCACGAGGAGCACUCGCACAGCCAUCCGCUCUACGGACACGGCGUAUGCAAAUGGCCGGGCUGUGAAGCAGUAUGUGAAGACUUCCAGUCGUUCCUAAAACAUCUCAACAGUGAGCAUGCGCUGGAUGAUAGAAGUACAGCCCAAUGUAGAGUACAAAUGCAGGUUGUACAGCAGUUAGAGCUACAGCUUGCAAAAGAUAAAGAGCGCCUGCAAGCCAUGAUGACGCACCUGCACGUGAAGUCAACUGAACCAAAAGCCACCCCUCAGCCCCUGAACCUGGUAUCGAGCGUCACGCUUUCCAAGACGGCGUCCGAGGCGUCUCCGCAGAGCUUACCUCAUACUCCCACCACCCCGACUGCGCCCAUCACUCCCGUCACGCAGGGGCCGUCGGUCAUCACUACCACGAGCAUGCACAACGUCGGGCCCAUCCGGAGGCGGUACUCGGAUAAAUACAACGUCCCCAUUUCUUCAGCAGAUAUUGCCCAGAACCAAGAGUUUUAUAAGAACGCGGAAGUCAGACCACCCUUCACGUAUGCAUCUUUAAUUAGACAGGCCAUCCUUGAAUCUCCAGAAAAACAGCUAACACUAAAUGAAAUCUACAACUGGUUCACGCGAAUGUUUGCUUACUUCAGACGCAACGCGGCGACGUGGAAGAAUGCAGUGCGUCAUAAUCUUAGUCUUCACAAGUGUUUUGUGCGAGUAGAAAACGUUAAAGGGGCAGUAUGGACAGUGGAUGAACUAGAGUUCCAAAAACGAAGGCCACAAAAGAUCAGUGGUAACCCUUCUCUUAUUAAAAACAUACAGACCAGCCACACCUACUGCACACCUCUCAAUGCUGCUUUACAGGCUUCAAUGGCUGAGAACAGUAUACCUCUAUACACUACUGCUUCCAUGGGAAAUCCCACUCUGGGCAAUUUAGCCAACGCAAUGAGGGAAGAGCUUAAUGGUGCAAUGGAGCAUACGAACAGUAACGGGAGUGACAGUAGUCCAGGACGUUCCCCUAUGCAAGCAAUGCACCCCGUGCAUGUCAAAGAAGAACCGUUGGAUCCAGAUGAAAAUGAAGGCCCGCUAUCCUUAGUGACAACAGCCAACCACAGUCCAGAUUUCGAUCACGACAGAGAUUAUGAAGAUGAACCUGUAAAUGAGGACAUAGAAUGAGUAUGUCUGACGCCGUUACCCUGAGAAUGAAGAUUGGAAGAACACGUCAAACUUAGCUGUGAAAUCUCUCCAUUAUUGUACAGUCUGGAGGAUUCUCAGUCCACUUUGACAACUAUGAAAUAUGUUAACUCUUAGUGCCAUCAAGUAUCCCAUUUGGGAGUAUUUUUGAUUUUUCUACUUUUUGUUGAAAAAAGGAAUUUGUACUCUGUGCAUUGGAUGGACUUGUUUGGUACUUGGGAUUUUCCUCUCUUACAGUCAACAUCAGUGUUGUAAAUUUGCUAAACUGAUUCACUUGCAUUUAGCAGCCAGCUGUGGACUGCAGGUCCUGCCGAUUUUGGACACUUGAGGACAUCAAACUGAGCAUGUACACCUGAACUGCGUAUCAAGUCUUUGCCCAGAUUUUAAGGAUUCCAAUGGACAACAUAUUUGCACAGUACUGCAUGUUGAUUAUCACUGCCUUUACUCCAUUUUCUGUUUUGGGUUUGUUGUUUUUUUUUUUGGUUGGUUGGUUUCUCUUCGGUUUUGUUUUGCUUCCAUUCGGGAUGGGGAAGGCCUGUGUGUGCACGUGUGUGGGUACGUGUGUGUGCGUGUGAGCGUGGAUAGCGGGGAGGGGUUCCAAGAAAAAAAUAUCCCAAACUUUUUAAUGUAUUGCUUUUAUUCCCCCUGCCCCACUUCUCCUCUACCAUUUUAAGUUCUGACCUCAGGCCUCAUCUGGGCCCAGGGCCUCUCGGAGGCUUCAACAUUUUCUGUACUUCGUGAUGAAUGUUAAUAGGUGUUUUUAUUAUACGAAGCUGAAUGUCAUUGAAUCGUUUGUAGUUUUUUCUGUCAUUCAUUCCAGUUUCCUUCAGAUGCCACCGUGUUUUCUUUGGCAAUGGAAAACAUUCCAUUUUGGUGUCUCCUUCUUUUACUUGUUGUUUUUUGACAAGGUCCCAAAUGCUGCACUAUACAUGUGGAAGGGUUGUCCAACGGAGAGAGAGAGGAACGAAGUACUGCAAGAACGAGAAUGAAUGACAGACGAACAUAGAAACACUGUAGGAAGCGACACAGAUUCAUUCCACAAAGCAGUAUUUUUAAUAAUCUUUUUGUGUGUGGUUUGGGUUCUUUGGAUUUUGUAUUCUUUGGGUUUUUUUUUUUUGGCAGCAACAGUGAAUAUUAGCAAACGCCACAAAACUGAACAGCGCAAGGAAAUGUAUGCAGCACCAACAGAGUUCACUUUUAUUAGAGGAUGACUAGUACAGUGGCAGGUUCUCAGUUGUUUAACACGAGUUAUGGGUCAAGAAAUCUUUCUGGAAUCUCAAGAUGGGCACCUAUACGUUUGUUAGUACAAUUGUUUCAUUUUUGUUCAGUUGGGUUUUUUUUUUUUCCUCUUUUCUUUUUGCAUUUGCAAAUAGUGGUUGGAAAGAUGACUUCAUCCAAUUGUUGUUGUACGUGGUGAUGUUUCACGGUUAAAGCACCGGUUCAGGAUUGCUCGGUGGCGUUAAUCUGUUUGAAUGCAAAUUAGAUUUCAGAUGGAACUUGUCACGGGAGUUAAUACGGACGGAGCCCCACUAAUGCUAAAGUGUUAAUUUUCAGCUGUGCAAAUCCAGUACUGCAGUUGAGAUUGUUAUGCAAUAUUUACACCAGCCAGUAUGGAAACCUCGCUGGAGGAGACAGGAGAUCCAGGGCUUGUUAGGCAGAACUGGCAAAGCUCUUUGAAACGAACGCGACAACACGAAACCUGUUGCGAUAGGUCAGUAAAACCUCGGUCACCAAACACCUAAAACGUUUUCAUUCUGCAACCACUUCUCCGUCACUCACUUAUUUAUGUAGGACUGUAGCUUUUUUAUUAUUUCAAAAAGCCUUUCAGAACUUAAUUUAUAUUCUUCUUUGUACCUUUUUUUUUCCUAAAAUUACCAAAGAUAUUACACAAAGGUAAAUUAUGUUCUCUGUUAUAUGCUUUAUCUUAUGAAGCCAAAUAUCCUCUUAUUGUUGAUCAAAGGAGGUUGAAGAAUUUAGAGGGAAAUGACAAGAUGUGGGCUAUUGCUAACCUGAGAGAGAAACUGCUCCUUUAUUCUAGAAAAAUUUAGAAGGCCAAGUAGAUGUCUGAACCAAAGUUGUUGCUUUUUAUUUGCAAUUCUUUACAGUGACCAAAAGGAAAGUCUGUAAAGAGGAGUCGAGGAGAGCUUUUCAGGCUGAAAUUGGGAAUCAGUGUUACUGGUGGAGCUGGGAGAAGGGAGCUGGAGGAAGCAAAGACACAGUUACUUUGCAGAGAAUUAGAGUAUAUCAGAUAAAGGAGGCAGUUUAAUAGAAUCCAGAAGAGAACAGAAAAGCUCCCAUAAUUUGACUGGACCACAUAAUAGUAUUUCUAGAAUUCAGUGAAGAUAAAAAAAAGAGAAGAUUUUCUGGUCUUUGGUUCUACAGAUUGUGUGCCACUUCUGUUUCGGGACUGUGCUAGGAUGACUGCUUUAGUUUGGGUUGAUCUUGGCACAUCUGCUCAAUUUUGUUUAGUUUUUUUGGUCAGCAUUUUUCAUGAGGAAAUAACACUCCUGUCCACUCAUAAGCUUUGGUAGAAGAAAUGUUAUUGGCAGUUACUUUUAUAAAACUCAACUCUGCUUUCUGUUUCGAAAGACAAAAAAAAGGAAAAAAGAAUAGAAAGGGCAGUCUGUGGUCAUUUGAAACAUGGGGCUUUUUUGGGGGUUUAAAUCAAUAUCCAGGCAGCUUCGUGACGUGCCCGGCGGUAGCCAGAUGGGAUCAUGAGAAUUGAGCCCCGUGCUUUCAAAACUGAGUGGUUUGCUGGUUAGUUUGGGAUUCAGAAGGGGAUAAAAAUCCGGUAGAUUAGUUCAUUCUCAGCAUGUGUAGCUAGACAUGAGUAAAGAUAACAGCAUGAGAAACUGUUAGUACGCAUACCUCAGUCCAAACUGUUAGGGAAUGAGUAAAUAAAGAAGAAAAAAAAAUACAUUUCACUCAGUUGCACUUAGUUGUAUGUCUUGCAUGCUUAGUCUAAAGACUGUAGCAAAAAAUGAAGUUAAAAAAAAAAAAGUGGAAAAAAGAAAAAAGAGAAAAAAAAAAGGAAGAAAAAAAAGAUGAGAUUUGAACAUAUCUGGCAGGUGUCGCAGCCUUGCGGAAGAACCGACGGAAAACUCUCAGGCUUCACAUCGAGCAAACUUCACUAUGGUUUUUACAGUUCUGAUUCUGUAUCCCUUUGGAUAUACAGUUGCUUCUUUAGGGAGGGGUUUAUUAUGUUGUACAUAUAUAUCCCACUGUGUCUGUGUGAGCCUUUGUCUUUCGGGGGUGGGGGGAGGAGGAGGGGUGGGGAGGGAGGAAAAGGUGGAAAGGUCCUUUUUAUUUUUGGUUGGUUGGUUGGUUUUUUUGGUUGGUUCUCUUUUUUUUAGAUAUCGUUCCUCGAAAGGAAUAAAUGCAGACCUGUUUGUCAAAACACCUUUUGCUUUUUGUGCAACUGCUUUAUAUUAACUAUACUAAAAAAAAAAUAGCUUUGAAAAAAAAAACCUACUGUAUGUAAUGGAAUUGCAGAAUACGCUGCACGUGUAUUUUAUUUAGUUAUCCUUGCUUUGAGAAUAUUGGAUGACAUUUUGCUGACAUGUGGGAGAAAAUCCCUGACUCUUGUUUUGUUUUCCAGCUUUUAAAAUUGUAACAUAGUUGACAGAUUUGGGGUUGUGUUUUUUUUCCUCCUGUUAUCAUCGAUCGAAGCAUUUUUGUACAGUUUUUUGUGUUUAAGCUGGUUUGUUUUGGGGUUGUGUUUCUUUUUGAUACUUUCCCACCCCUUCUGUUAAUCUUACCACUGCCUUUUCUGGCUGUCUUAAAACAAAGUUCAUAUAUUUGAAAGGAAAAAACAAAAAAAAAGCAACAAAAAAACAACAAAAAAGCCAAAAAAAAAAAGACUUUAAAAAAACCACAAUGUUUUUUCUCCUGCUGCAGUAAAUAUUUUGCAUGAUGAAUUCCAGGGUCACACUUUCAAAGUUUAUCAGUGAAGUAGUGAUUAAUAAUGGGGAGUGUCAAACUUAUUGAACUUUUGUAUAAAAACAAACAAAAAAACUUUACAAGGUGCCAAGAUGUAAAGACAAUUUGUUACAUGUUUUUUUUCUCAAAGAAAAGCGUACAUUAUGAAAGUAGUACCAUGUAUCAGGUAAAACCGCUGUCAGGAAUGAGAGUCAAAAGCCUUCCUUGUCCACGAAACAAAACUUUGUAAAUGUGUAAAACCUGUUGGGUUUCUGCAUUCAGCUAGAAUUGAAAAGUCAAGGCUUAUGUAGAAUAAAAGGACCACGGCAAAAUAAUUAUUUACCUUAUUUUUUUGUUGUUUUCUGGAUUCUCACUCGCAAGAGCCCCAUGGCAGGUCCUGCACCUCCCCUCUCCUGGAGCCCCUGCUUUGGGAAGAGGCCGUGGCCAGGGGUUCUGGUUUGACAGAUGUUGCAGAUCAGUAGAUAUUUUAUAUAUAUACAUCCAUAAAUAUAUAUAUAUAUAUAUAUAAAGGUUUUUUUAAAUCCUUUGGAGCUGUUGUCGUUUUCAGAUCGCCGAGAACCUCACGCUCGUUACAGCAUGGGAAAGAGAUUUAAAAAAACGUUGAGACUCUUUUGAAAUCCUUUGGUACCUUUGGUUAAUGAACUCGGAGCGAGUUUGUAGAUGUUUCAGAAGUCAUUUAGUAUUCCAGUCUUGCGAGGUGAAUUUGCAGUUAACGGCUGCAUUUUAAUGGGCCCAGAACAGGUGACAAAGUAUCUUCUACCCAUAAGCCUUGAUGAAAAUGGUACAGUCCAGACUGUUAGCAUGGUGCUUCGUGUGUAUGUGCUGCCAGUAACAAGAUUCUCUUUUUUGUUGUUGUUGGGUUUUUUUUCCUUUUUUUUUUUUGAUAAGGCAUAAAAGAAACUCAUUCCUUACAUCAACUGUAAUUCCAUCAUUCCAUGUCUGUUGAUGCAGACAAUAAAAAAUGUUGUGUAGUCAGUACUAAUUACUGACAUUAUAGCAUUCUCAAAUGCAAUAAAAAUGCUGGUUGUUCACACUGGUAA